GACCCAAAUUUAGAUUUCACUUUUGGUCACAAACAAUCUUACUUUUGUACAUUCUUUAAAAAUAAACAAAGUCAGGCUAGCUGUGGCGUGCUCAUUUCCUUAAUGUCCCAGAGUUUAAAAUAGACUUCUUGAUGAAGUUGUCAGUCACGCUACAGAGAGAGCGAUUAGCUAAAACUUGAUCUCGGACUUUGAUGACGUUACCAAAGAAACAGUUCGACUUAGGACUCGGUACGCUUUCUCUCUGAUCGUAAUAGUUGUUAGAGCAACAAUUUCAAAAUGAAACAAAUGUUGAUCGUACUAUUAGUUCAUCUUCAGACUUUGGUCUUUGGACAACAGUUUACUCCGGUGUCUUUCACGUUACCCGCGCCACCUUCACUGAUAGGACCAUUGUCCCCCAACUACGCCCUGUAUAACGCCGAGAAGUUACAUCCCAGUAAGAUCAGAGGACCUACGUCAUUUGCUUUUCUACAUGGUAAUGUAUACACAGUAACAGCUGACAAACGAAUUGUAAACAUAGCGACCUGUAACCCAACAACGAUUGCUACUCUAGCUGUAUCGGGAUGCCGUUCUAUAGCUGAAUGUGGCAUGUUAACAAGCAUCCGGGUAGACAACAAUGGUAAACUAGUAGUCUUGGAUGCAUACAAGGGACUUUACCGAGUAGACCCACUGACUGGUGCCAUAGAACAAUUAUACUCUAGCACAGUACAAGUUGGUGGCCGCACUCCAAAAUAUCUAAACGAUAUUGUUAUCAAAUCCGACGGCACCAUUUUCAUAAGUGAUUCAAGUGAUAAAUACGAUGCAGCUAAUGACAUGUAUAUUAUUUUGGAAGGAAGACCGAGUGGAAGGAUUCUAUUGUACAGCCCUGAUACUAAGCAAACCACUGAAUUCAUUAAAGACGGUAUCGUUUAUCCAAAUGGUUUGGAACUAGCAGCGAAUGAAACAGAACUUCUCGUUUCUGAAAUGGGCAGAGCUAGACUAGUCAGAAUAAGUCUUUUGCCAAGUACUUUCCGACAAUUGAGUCUCUUCUCCGAGAACCUUCCUGGCUUACCUGAAAACAUUCGAAGAUCUUCCCGGAACACAUUUUGGGUUGGCAUCUCUUAUGUCAGACAUUCGGGAAUUCCAAAUUCAAUGGAUACUUAUGCUGGGAACCCAGCAGCUAGAGCCAGAACUGCUUAUUCAGUUGAUCAAAACACUAUCAAGACCUAUUACCCUAAAUAUGGUUUGGCGAUUGAAGUCGAUAGUGAAGGGAAGCCUGUCGGCAGUCUGCAUGAUCCUACAGGUUCUGUCUUCCAUUCUGUAACUGAAGCAGUCGAGAAUGAAGGGCUGCUGUAUGUUGGAUCUAUCUAUAACAGAUACACGGGAAGAAUUGUUUUGCCUCAGGGAGACAACAGAAUGGUUACCAUUGACAGUGUUCUUCAGGUUUUAAGAAGCAGGUGUCAGAUUCCAGAAGAUCGUCUGGUGCCGGCUAGGAUUUUACUUCUGCAAUAUAUCAAUCAGUCAGCGGCCAAUACGACCCAAGCCAAUCCAAGCUCAUUGUAGAUCUAGGACUUCCAGCACUCCUUGUUGGUGCAUCACUGUGACUUGAAGUAGUCAGUGUUGGUGAUCUUCAGGAUUUCAUUAAGGGCUGCACUGUUGUUUGUAUGACAUCCACUCCAGCGUUAUAAACUUUGACCCUGGCACUCUUCAAUUCGACUUUUUAUUUUAUUAAUCACUUUCCCAUUCUUUAAAAUAUAUUUUGUUUUUUCAUUGUAAAUAGCAGAUCUAAUCUGUUUACAUUUGUACAUGUUUUUUUCUAUCUACAUACAUCUAUAAUAUCUACAGCCAUGCUAUAAUAUAAACACAACUUUUAGAAUGAGUUUUGUUUGAAACUUUUGUAUUUCCUGUGUGUCUGACAUGAAAAUGAUCUCCCUUAAACGUUGACCAACACUGACUCUCACUUACCUAUAUGUAUUUGAACACUUUUAAUAUUUGUACUGGGUUUUUUUUUAUUAAAUAAUCUGAUACGUGAAUACAGUUUGAAGCCUAA